AAUGAGGCCAAUGCCCAGGACUCGCCUGAUUGGCUUGGUUUGACGAGUGAUGUCAUCGGUUAGGAGGGCCUGAUCGCUUAGUAAUAAAACAAUACACAGAUAAGGGUCAUCCACUCCUUAAGAGCAGAGGAACAUAGGAAAAGAACUUCUGAGCAGACACGUACACGCAGCAGAGAGUUUGCGGAGGAAGCACACUGACAAAUCGACACUUGUGGAUUCAGCAGCAGGUGCAGUAGCUACAGCUUGAGGAGGAGGAAGCAUACCUGGUGGAAAGAAAGGCUGACGAAGAGGAGCUUGAAGGGCAAAAGCAAGAAGGCCUUUAAAUAUUUGCUGGAAAAAUAAAAGGAGGAAAGGGAAGCAAGGAAAACCGAGAGAAAAUUCAAUAAAGAGGAACCUAAAGGACAAAUAAAGGAGCCAAAGAGGGGACGCCUGUCUGAGUGCACAAUGGUGUCUUUUGCACUCGAACUGGUCGGCGUCAUUCUGUCCGUGCUCGGCUGGGUGCUGAGUGUGAUCAGCUGCGCCUUGCCGAUGUGGAGGGUCUCCGCCUUCAUUGGCUCUAACAUUGUCACAGCUCAGGUGUACUGGGAGGGCCUGUGGAUGAACUGCGUGUUCCAGAGCACGGGGCAGAUGCAGUGCAAGGUCUACGACUCCAUGCUGGCUUUACCGCAGGACCUGCAGGCCGCCAGGGCGCUCACCGUCGUCUCCAUCAUCAUCGGGGUGCUGGCUCUCCUCGUCGCUAUGGUGGGAGCAAAGUGCACCAACUGCAUCGAAGAUGAAGGGGUGAAAGCCAGGGUGAUGGCCGCCUCGGGCGGCGCGUUCAUCACGGCAGCUUUGACCCAGCUGGUGCCUGUUUCCUGGUCAGCACACACCAUCGUGGUCGAGUUCUACAGUCCACUCGUCCCCUCUGGUCAGAAGAUGGAGAUCGGGGCGGCGCUGUAUCUGGGCUGGGCCGCCGCGGCCCUGCUGGUGAUUGGAGGGUCCAUCCUUUGCUGCAGUUGCCCUCCACAGGAAGAGAAACCAUUGAGGUACAGCAUGCCCCCUCAGAGCCGUAUAGCAUACUCCGCCGCACCGAGGUCAAUCGCUCAAAGCUCCUACAACAGGAGGGACUACGUGUGAGGGAACUGUGACUGUGUCGGAAAAUGUGUACAGAAAUGUAGCUAAAUAAUAAUUACAUUGGUUUAACUGGAACCAAUUGUUCACUAGUAAAUGGUUAAAGAGCCAAACCAGUUUAAAUAAAUAAGUGUAAAUAUGGAGGAAGUGUUUUGAUACUUUUGAAAAAUAGAUUUGGAAGCUCUACGCAGAUGUUUGAUGGUACUGUUUACAAUAACCACUGGUCUAAAGCAAGUUUAAGAAGAUGUGACCAAAUAUGGUCUAUGUGGUCAGUUCAAAGAGGAGACUUUGUCCAAUAUAUAUAUAUUUAUUAUUUGUGCUUAUAACAUUUACAUUGUAAAUGCUCCUCGUUGAACUGAUCAGUGUGUACAUAUGACGUGUCAUACUGUCAGCUAUUGUAAAGCAAAGAAAGACACUGUUGUGACUGUUUUAAAUGUUUUUUCAGGGCUGUCAAAGUUAACGCGAUAAUGCAUUAACACAAAUUUGUUUUAAC